GAAACUUGAACAUAACUUCAACAGAAACUUCGAUUCUUUAUUUCUGGACUGCAUAUUUAUCUGCCGAGGCCGUCAGGAUGUCGGGAGCCUCGGUGAAGGUGGCAGUGCGGGUGAGGCCCUUCAAUUCUCGCGAGACCAGCAAGGAAUCCAAGUGCAUCAUUCAGAUGCAAGGCAACUCGACCAGUAUUAUUAACCCAAAGAACCCAAAGGAAGCUCCAAAAUCCUUCAGCUUCGACUACUCCUACUGGUCUCACACCUCGCCUGAGGACCCCUGUUUUGCAUCUCAGAAUCGUGUGUACAAUGACAUUGGGAAGGAAAUGCUCUUACAUGCCUUUGAGGGCUACAAUGUCUGUAUUUUUGCCUAUGGACAGACUGGUGCUGGGAAAUCUUAUACAAUGAUGGGUAAACAAGAAGAAAGCCAAGCUGGCAUCAUUCCACAGUUAUGUGAAGAACUGUUUGAGAAAAUCAACGACAACUGUAAUGAAGAAAUGUCUUACUCUGUAGAGGUGAGCUACAUGGAAAUUUACUGUGAGAGAGUACGAGAUUUGCUGAAUCCAAAAAACAAGGGUAAUUUGCGUGUGCGUGAACACCCACUUCUUGGACCCUAUGUAGAGGACCUGUCGAAGUUGGCAGUCACCUCCUACACAGACAUUGCUGACCUCAUGGAUGCCGGGAACAAGGCAAGGACAGUGGCAGCUACCAACAUGAAUGAAACAAGUAGCCGUUCCCAUGCUGUGUUUACCAUUGUUUUCACCCAGAAGAAGCAAGAUUCUGAGACCAACCUUUCCACAGAGAAGGUCAGUAAGAUCAGCCUGGUAGACCUAGCAGGAAGUGAGCGUGCGGAUUCAACUGGUGCCAAAGGAACUCGAUUAAAGGAAGGAGCAAAUAUUAAUAAGUCUCUUACAACUUUGGGCAAAGUCAUUUCCGCUCUGGCAGAGGUGGAUAACUGCACCAGCAAGAGUAAAAAGAAGAAGAAAACUGAUUUUAUUCCCUACAGAGAUUCUGUACUUACUUGGCUUCUCCGAGAAAAUCUAGGUGGCAAUUCUCGGACUGCGAUGGUUGCUGCGCUGAGCCCUGCAGAUAUCAAUUAUGAUGAAACUUUGAGCACUCUGAGGUAUGCAGAUCGUGCAAAACAAAUUAAAUGCAAUGCUGUUAUCAAUGAGGACCCCAAUGCCAAACUGGUUCGUGAAUUAAAAGAAGAAGUUACACGGCUAAAAGACCUUCUUCGUGCUCAGGGACUAGGAGAUAUUAUUGACAUUGAUUCAGUUGAUCCAUUGAUCGAUGAUUACUCUGGAAGUGGAGGCAAAUCAUCCAUGGGGUCCCUUACUUCAUCUCCAUCUUCCUGCUCACUCAAUAGUCAGGUGGGCUUAGCAUCUGUGACCAGUAUUCAGGAGAGGAUCAUGUCUACACCUGGAGGAGAGGAAGCCAUUGAGCGUCUAAAGGAAUCGGAGAAGAUCAUCGCUGAGCUGAACGAAACUUGGGAAGAGAAGCUUCGGAAAACAGAGGCCAUCAGAAUGGAGAGAGAGGCCUUGUUGGCUGAGAUGGGUGUUGCCAUUCGGGAAGAUGGAGGAACACUGGGCGUUUUUUCACCUAAAAAGACCCCGCAUCUUGUUAACCUCAAUGAAGACCCAUUAAUGUCCGAAUGCCUGCUUUAUUACAUCAAAGAUGGAAUUACCAGAGUUGGCCAGGCAGAUGCCGAGCGGCGCCAGGACAUAGUGCUGAGUGGGGCCCACAUUAAAGAAGAGCACUGUAUCUUCCGGAGCGAGAGGAACAACAGUGGCGAAGUUAUCGUGACUUUGGAGCCCUGUGAGCGCUCAGAAACCUACGUAAAUGGCAAGAGGGUGGCCCAGCCUGUCCAGCUGCGCUCAGGAAACCGUAUCAUCAUGGGUAAAAAUCAUGUUUUUCGUUUCAACCACCCGGAGCAAGCACGGGCUGAACGGGAGAAGACUCCUUCUGCUGAGACCCCCUCUGAGCCUGUGGACUGGACAUUUGCCCAGAGAGAACUUCUGGAAAAACAAGGAAUUGAUAUGAAACAGGAGAUGGAGAAAAGGCUACAGGAAAUGGAGAUCCUAUACAAAAAGGAGAAGGAAGAAGCAGAUCUCCUCUUGGAACAGCAAAGACUGGACUAUGAAAGUAAGCUGCAGGCCUUGCAGAAGCAGGUGGAGACCCGAUCCCUGACUGCAGAAACAACCGAGGAGGAAGAGGAGGAGGAAGAAGUUGCGUGGACACAGCAUGAGUUCGAGUUGGCCCAGUGGGCCUUCCGGAAGUGGAAGUCUCAUCAGUUUACGUCACUAAGGGACUCACUCUGGGGCAAUGCCGUGUACCUGAAGGAGGCCAAUGCCAUCAGCGUGGAACUGAAGAAGAAGGUGCAGUUCCAGUUUGUCCUGCUGACUGACACACUGUACUCCCCUUUGCCUCCUGAGCUGCUGCCCACUGAGAUGGAAAAAACUCACGAGGACAGGCCUUUCCCUCGUACAGUGGUGGCCGUGGAAGUCCAGGAUCUGAAGAACGGAGCAACACACUAUUGGUCUUUGGAGAAACUCAAGCAGAGGCUGGAUUUGAUGCGAGAGAUGUAUGACAGGGCGGGUGAGAUGGCCUCUAACGCCCAGGACGAAAAUGAAACCGCUAUGACUGGCAGCGAUCCUUUCUAUGAUCGGUUCCACUGGUUCAAACUUGUGGGAAGCUCCCCCAUUUUCCACGGCUGUGUGAAUGAGCGCCUUGCCGACCGCACACCCUCCCCUACUUUUUCCACGGCCGAUUCCGACAUCACUGAGCUGGCUGACGAGCAGCAAGAUGAGAUGGAGGAUUUUGAUGAUGAGGCAUUCGUGGAUGACACCGGCUCUGACGCAGGGACGGAAGAGGGCUCAGAUCUCUUCAGUGAUGGGCAUGACCCGUUUUACGACCGGUCCCCUUGGUUCAUAUUAGUGGGAAGGGCGUUUGUGUACCUGAGCAAUCUGCUGUAUCCUGUGCCGCUGAUUCAUAGGGUGGCCAUCGUCAGUGAGAAGGGUGAAGUUCGGGGGUUUCUGCGCGUGGCUGUACAGGCCAUUGCAGCGGAUGAAGAAGCUCCUGAUUAUGGCUCGGGAAUCCGACAGUCGGGAACUGCUAAGAUAUCUUUCGAUAACGAGGACUUUAAUCAGAGUGACUUUUCUUCUGUGGCAAUGACUCGUUCAGGUCUGUCCUUGGAGGAGCUGAGGAUUGUGGAAGGGCAAGGUCAGAGCUCUGAGGUCAUCACUCCUCCAGAAGAAAUCAAUCGAAUGAAUGACUUGGAUUUGAAGUCAGGCACUUUGCUGGAUGGUAAGAUGGUAAUGGAAGGAUUUUCGGAAGAAAUAGGCAACCACCUGAAACCGGGCAGUGCCUUCACUUUCCGAGUGACUGUGCUGCAGGCCAGUGGGAUCCUCCCAGAGUAUGCAGACAUCUUCUGUCAGUUCAACUUUUUACAUCGUCAUGAUGAAGCGUUCUCCACUGAACCCCUCAAAAACAAUGGCAGAGGAAGUCCCUUGGGCUUUUAUCACGUGCAGAAUAUUGCAGUGGAGGUCACCGAAUCGUUUGUGGACUAUAUCAAAACCAAGCCUAUUGUAUUUGAAGUCUUUGGGCAUUAUCAGCAGCACCCACUUCAUCUGCAAGGACAGGACCUUAACAGCCCUCCUCAGCCAUCGCGACGAUUCUUCCCUCCGCCAAUGCCACUCUCCAAGCCAGUUCCAGCUACCAAGUUAAACACCAUGAGCAAAACCAGCCUUGGCCAGAGCAUGAGCAAGUAUGAUCUUCUGGUUUGGUUCGAGAUCAGUGAACUGGAGCCUACAGGAGAGUACAUCCCAGCUGUGGUUGACCACACCGCAGGCUUGCCCUGCCAGGGGACAUUUUUGCUUCACCAGGGCAUCCAGAGGAGGAUCACAGUGACCAUCAUCCAUGAGAAGGGGAGUGAGCUGCACUGGAAGGAUGUUCGGGAGCUGGCCGGAUUAGGAAUAAGCCUGAGGUGGACGAAGCUGCAGUGGAUGCCAUCCUCUCCCUAAACAUCAUCUCCGCCAAGUACCUGAAGUCUUCCCACAACUCUAGCAGGCUCUUUCUUGAUAAGGAUAUUCCUAGGACCUUUUACCGUUUUGAAGCUGUGUGGGACAGCUCCUUGCAUAACUCCCUUCUUUUGAAUCGAGUGACCCCCUAUGGAGAGAAGAUCUACAUGACCUUGUCGGCCUACCUGGAGUUGGAUCAUUGCAUCCAGCCGGCUGUCAUCACCAAGGACGUGUGCAUGGUCUUCUACUCGCGAGAUGCCAGGAUCUCACCGCCACGCUCGCUGCGCAGCCUCUUUGGCAGUGGCUACUCAAAGUCACCAGACUCCAAUCGAGUCACUGGAAUUUAUGAACUCAGCUUAUGUAAAAUAGCAGACACAGGUAGUCCAGGCAUGCAGAGGAGGAGAAGGAAGGUGCUGGACACGUCAGUGGCCUACGUGCGGGGCGAGGAGAACUUGGCCGGCUGGCGGCCCCGUGGGGACAGCCUCAUCCUGGAGCACCAGUGGGAGCUGGAAAAGCUGGAGCUGCUGCACGAGGUGGAGAAAACCCGGCACUUCCUGCUGCUGCGGGAGAGACUUGGUGACAGCAUCCCCAAAUCCCUGAGCGACUCACUGUCCCCCAGCCUCAGCAGCGGCACUCUGAGCACCUCCACCAGCAUCUCCUCUCAGAUCUCAACCACCACCUUUGAAAGCGCCGUCACACCCAGUGAGAGCAGUGGCUAUGACUCGGCGGACAUCGAGAGCCUGGUGGAUCGAGAGAAAGAGCUGGCUACCAAGUGCCUGCGACUUCUCACCCACACGUUCAACCGAGAAUUCACCCAGGUGCAUGGCAGCAUCAGUGACUGUAAGUUGUCGGACAUCUCUCCGAUCGGAAGGGACCCCUCCGUGUCCAGUUUCAGCAGCGCUACCCUCACUCCUUCUUCCACCUGCCCCUCCCUGGUGGACGCUAGGAGCAACUCCUUGGAUCAGAAGACCCCAGAAGCCAAUUCACGGGCCUCUAGUCCAUGCCCCGAGUUUGAGCAGUUUCAGAUUAUCCCCGUGGUGGAAACGCCCUAUUUGGCCCGAGCAGGAAAAAAUGAAUUUCUCAAUCUUGUUCCAGAUAUUGAAGAAAUCAGACCAGGCUCUGUUGUCUCGAAGAAAGGAUACCUGCACUUCAAAGAGCCACUGUCCAGCAACUGGGCCAAGCAUUUUGUCGUGGUCCGUCGCCCUUACGUCUUCAUCUAUAACAGUGAUAAAGACCCAGUGGAGCGUGGCAUCAUUAACCUGUCCACAGCGCAGGUGGAGUACAGUGAGGACCAGCAGGCCAUGGUGAAGACACCCAACACCUUUGCUGUGUGCACAAAGCACCGUGGGGUCCUUCUGCAGGCGCUCAAUGACAAAGACAUGAAUGACUGGUUAUAUGCCUUCAACCCACUUCUUGCUGGCACAAUAAGGUCCAAGCUGUCUCGCAGAUGCCCGAGCCAGCCGAAAUACUGAGUGACUGCUGAGAGCCCUCUCUCACCUCGGGCGAUAAAGAAAGUGUUACCUCCCAUUCUGUUUGUGACUUGAUGGUUCUCCUGUGUGUGGUCUGUGGCUUCACUGCUUCCCUCCUCAUCAGCACUUUCCCUGGCUCUCCCGUCCCCAUCACCAUUGCCCAGUACUCUUUUUUUCUCUGUGCUGAGAAUCUUGUUAGUAGCAUGUGGCCUAACAAAAGGAAAAAGAUUAACACACACACACGAUGCCCCAGAGGGGACCCGAUGACUUUCCCUGUUAUUAUCUGGUGUAUUCUGGCGUCCUCUUGUGUGCUGGGUCCCCUCACAGCCGCUCUGAUGUCUGUACCGCUGUCUGGAUACCUUUGUGUCUCAAGGCAGCAUACCACUUUGGUGUUGUCUUUUCUGAAUGUGAUGUCACUUUCCUUUUCUUGGGUGGCUUAGAGACUCAGGAAGGAGACGUCUGGCCUUUUUAGGGCCUGAGAGGACAAGAACGUAAUGUUCUCCCGCUGUCUCUUUGCCGUGGCCGAUUCCUGCACUUCCAUUCAGGGACAAGGCUGUGGUGAUCUUGGAAAGGGGACAGCUGCAUCCUCUGGGUCAAAAUCGGGCUUCUUCAGAGCGUAGCUGUGUGGUUUUCAUGCGGUGGGAGAGAGAAGGGAAACCUCUGUAGACCUGGGACCGGGGCUGCUGUGACCCCUUGAGAGGGACGAGGUUGUCAGAGGCCCACGUGUCUCACAGUGGUCGUGAGGGCAGCGGCCAGUGGGAAGCCUGUGCUCUCACAGCAGGGUCCCUGCCCCUUGCGUUUCUCUCAGGCAGCUUCCCAUGCUGCCCUUGGCUGUCGUGCUGGUGCUGGUGUGGUUUAGAACUAGUGCGCUGUAAUACACAAGUGUCCCACAAGGGGGAGUCUUGCUUGAUGGUCCUUGUUGACCUUACAACUAUGAUCAUGCUGGGUGGCGGCUUUGAGUUUGUUGUUGCUUCCCUGAAUCAAAGAACUGUAGCUUUCAGUGUGCACCGGGAAGCCGCCUCAACCCACGGCGGUUUUCCUUGGUGCUUCUCACCCUGCACUCGUGAGUAUGCAGUCUUGGCAAAUUCUGCUUUCUGGAUCCCUGGAUUAAAACUAUCCCCCCAUCCUGACUGCAAACAAAAGCAGGUACACCUGCCACGCUGUUGCCUGUACCCUGCCUGUCUCCCCCUCCCUGCCUGUGUAGAAGCAUCACCCAUGCAGGAGGGAGGAAGCGCACCCCUGACAGUCUCCCCUGCCCGACAGCCCAGGCCGGCCAGCUGCGGGAGACCACCGUAGAGCGUAAUUCUUUUCUUUGCUGUCAGUACUGUUACAGGCGGGCAUGGGGAAAGCCGCACAUCACUCAGCUGCUUUGCCAGUUACCUGGAGUGGUUCUGUGCCGCCCUUGACUUCCCUGUGCCAGUAGCUUCACCAUCGCCCCAGCAUCCAGGAAAGAAUCUGCUCACCCCCGCUUGGGAGCACUGAUGGUGUCUCAGGGCUGUGGGCAGCUGGGUUGCUUUCUGCAUCGUGCUGCCCAGAGCGUGCUGGAGCCUCACCAUCACCAGACCCCUGCUUCCGACUCGCUGGGUGGGCUCAUCUCUGAAGAACAGGCUGCAGCUGCACUCCUUGAAAUUGCUUCUCAAAAAGGAGAACAGUGCGUCCCAGCGCUGAAGGCCCAAAGGUCAGAGGCCCAGGCAGCGCCCUCCUCUGGAAGGUGUCGGUGAUUCAGAGGUGGCUUUUUAGACAGUUCUCUCCUCUCCUUAAACAUGAGUCACUAACGGUAAUGUUAUUUUUCUAAGUGUAUGUUGAGUUUUUAAUGUAGUUGGAAGUUUCUUCACUGUCGAAUGGAUGUAGUAAGCCCUUCUGGUGUAUUCCUCAAAUCCAGCAGGAUCUGUUCAUGCUUAGAGACAGCUUCCUGGCUGGAAUUAAAUCUGAUUUCAGGGAAAUGAAAAUGGGAUUGGAAGGUCACUGUUAGAAUUGAUCACUGCUGUUGCUGCUGCUAAGAAGUUGGACAGAGGAGCCACAGCGGGGGGUGGGGUACUGAGGGCUUGACAUGCAUGACGCUGACUUUGGUUUUUUCUUCUAACUCCACAUUGGUUUGAAAAGUCUUUGCUUUGGAAGCUUUAGAUGCUAGAACAGCCAGACUGUACCGUCUAGUUGCAGUGUGCCCGAGGGAAAGACUAGGGACCCCAGGCAGAUGUGCACGCACCGUGUGAGGACCCUGCUGUGGCUGCUGGGCAGACUGCCCUCUUGGACCCCACUUCUCUAGAGGCACAUUUCCAAGUUGCAGCUGAAGCAGGUUCCGGAAAAGGCCACCACCACGGUGCUGCUCUGGGACAGGCUGUGUGGCAGGAACUGCUGAGGAGGCCACAGUGACAAAAAGGCCAAGAGCCUAAGCUUACGGAAACCGCCUGUUAGGGGAUUUUUAGUUUUUAAAAAGCACUCCUUUAUACAAGCAAAAAAUGCCUGAAAGAAAACUUAGACAAAUCACAUAGAAAUGAAUGCUAAUGAAAACAUCUCCUCCUCCCACUGCCCCCGCCUUUCCCUGCCAGAGUGAACCGAGGCCUCACAAGCAGUGCCCACACUGGAGCUCCGCCUGGCCUGCGUCUGCCCCUGCCUGGGAGUCAGUCAGCUCUCAGGUGCCUGCGGGCCGGCAAGCCCUGCACAGGGAGCGCAGGCCAGCGCUGCUGCCGGGCGGCCGAGGGCCCCUGAACCCCGGCCCACGUCAGAUGAGGCGAAGGCAAGGGAAGCUGCUUUCUCCCACCUGCAAACCCGUUACUGGAUAUACUCCCUCCAGCAACUAAAACUUCUGCGGCUACUCGUUUUUUGUGUGUUUUUGGCUUGUAUCAAAUAAAGGGACAAAUUAAAUCAUUCUGAUCUGGGGAUCUAAAAACAAGAGGACUUCUGGCGCAUGUUUCAAAGCAAAGACUUCCAGAGCUACUAACGUGUGUGAGGACGUGCGGGUGGAUGCAGCUUGGGCACUGCAAACUGGGCCACGGCGCUCCCCGCUGCGCCUCUCGGGCUCCCUGGGACGGGUCUGCUUCAUCUGUGGGUUGGACUUGGGUCUUUCAGUUUUCCUCUGGGUUUCCUUUCUAAAAUGUGAUUGUUAACCUGCUCCUGAGAACAGACUAGCCGGCCGCUGCUCGCAGAGGCUCUAACGUGUGUGCCCUGCAUCCGUGCCACAUGGCCAAAGCAUUCUCCUGGGCGAGAGGGCCGCAGUGGCCUGGGUAGAGCACGCACGCGUUCACCGUGCUUCCUCAGCAAACUGACGCAUCGGCCGAGAGAUCAGCUGCUGCCACUGUUCAAAAGGCCAUUUAUGAAGUUACAGUUUGAGCACACUGAAAUCUUAAGCAAGCCCCCAUUUAAAGGAAGAAAUUAGAGCUAAUACAAAAUUCAUGUUAACGCACAGACAAAAGGCACUCAGAUGGGAAGUCCGAGCUGAGGCUGGUCUCUCGCCAGACCCUGGCUGUUGUGUGUGGUUUCUCAUGUCUUGAGUUCAUUGUUUUCAUGCCGUGUAUUCUGGCAUCAGCUCCCCUGAGGAAUCCACCAGCCUUCUCGUGUGUACGCAUCGUCUUAGACUCUGUGGCUCUAACGUCCUUGUCUGUCGAGAUGCAAGUCUCUCGUCACCAUCCUUGUGCACUCCCACAAGCCCGUGAAGCAUAAGUGGCCUUUUUGAACCAAGACUUUACAAACCGAUCUCCCCCAGUGAAGGAGUUGAGCACAUUAGCAACAAUGUACAUUAUUAAUUUUGGAUUUUCAUUUUCAUGUUUUAUUUUGUAAAUACUAUCUGAUGUUUGGAGCUUGAGUAUACAGAAUGUAAAUAUAGUUCUUGUAUUUGUACUAAUUCGGGUUCUUUUGCUGUAUAGCCUAGCUGUGCAAUGCAGACAUUAUCUAACUGUGUAUGGUAACCUUGCACCACAGAACUGUUAGUGAACGAGGUAAAAAUAAUAAAGGUACAACCAGUGCAUCAGAA